UCCAGACGUUCUUCACUGCUGUGCACUUGACCCUCCAGGACUUUAAAACACAGUCCUGUAUUUAUUAAUUCUUAUUUAUUUAUCUGAUUUUAUUCACCUAGUCCAUGUAUGAUCACUAAUACAUAGUGUUUAUGUGAUCUACUGACAGCUUUGAAGAGUUGACCACGAGAAGAUAGAAAAAUUCAGAAUGAAUUGUCCUUACUCCACAGCUGUGCAGUAUUGCCCCGAGCUCCCCUUUCAUCGGUAUAGAGACCCCUCCUCCCGUUUGUCCUGGACAGAGAGUUCCUUCCUGGCCUCCAUAAUGUCACAGAACCAAUCAGAACAGAGCUCUGACAUCCUCAGUCAGGAUGUGUUCAACCAGCUGCUGGAGAUGCUGGACCAGUCUGCAUUCCACUCGUCGCAGCCCAUAGAGUUGAACUUCUCAGACAGCCCAGCAGACGAAGAUGGACCAUCAGGGAACACUAUCCAGAUCAGCAUGGACUGCAUCACCAUGCAUGAGGGACAGGAACCACUGUCUUCACAGUAUACCAACCUGGGGCUGCUGAACAGCAUGGAUCAGAACAUCCAAAAUGGCGGCUCUACCUCCACCAGUCCCUACAACAACGACCAUGUCCAGAACAACGUGUCAGCUCCUUCACCCUACGCCCAGCCCAGCUCCACCUUCGACGCCAUGUCCCCCUCCCCGGCUAUCCCCUCCAACACAGACUACGCCGGGACACACACCUUCGACGUCUCCUUCCAGCAGUCCUCCACAGCCAAGUCUGCCACCUGGACGUACUCUACAGAGCUGAAGAAGCUGUACUGUCAGAUCGCCAAGACGUGUCCCAUCCAGAUCAAGGUGCUGACCAACCCCCCGCAGGGCGCCGUCAUCAGGGCCAUGCCCGUUUACAAGAAGGCAGAGCACGUCACCGAGGUGGUCAAACGAUGCCCCAACCACGAGCUCAGCCGCGAGUUCAACGACGGUCAGAUAGCCCCUCCCAGUCACCUGAUCCGAGUGGAGGGUAACAGCCACUCCCAGUAUCUGGAGGACUCCAUCACGGGCCGUCAGAGUGUGCUGGUCCCCUACGAGCCCCCCCAGGUGGGCACAGAGUUCACCACCAUACUGUAUAACUUCAUGUGCAACUCCAGCUGUGUAGGAGGCAUGAACCGACGCCCUAUCCUCAUCAUCGUCACCCUGGAAGCCAGAGAUGGUCAGGUGCUGGGUCGGCGCUGCUUCGAGGCCAGGAUCUGCGCGUGUCCUGGCCGGGACCGCAAGGCGGACGAGGACAGCAUUCGCAAGCAGCAUGUUACUGACGGAACAAAGACCAGUGAGGGUAUGAAACGCCCCUUCCACCAGGUCUCUCAUGGUAUCCAGAUGUCCUCCAUCAAGAAGAGAAGAUCCACAGAUGAGGAAGUGUUCUGUCUGCCUAUUAAAGGCCGUGAAAUAUAUGAGAUUUUGGUGAAAAUCAAAGAGUCUCUGGAACUCAUGCAGUUUCUGCCUCAGCACACUGUAGAGUCAUACAGGCAGCAGCAGCAGAACCUCCUGCAGAAACAAUGGGAUCUCUGGGGCGAUGAGAGUAACGGCCUGUACCCUCCUCUCCCCUGCCCCAGGAGCGCCAUGGCCCCCCAGCCCCAGUAUGGCUCCAGCUCCCCUCCUCUCCCCCACGGCAAGGUCAACAAGCUCCCCUCCGUCAGCCAGCUCAUCAACCCCCAGCAACGCAACACCCUCACCCCCUCCUCCAUGGCCCAAGGCCUGACUGACAUGACUCCGAUGAUGGGCCACAUGGCUAUGAAUGCUGACAUGUCGGCCCUGAGCCCCGCCCACAUCCUGCAGCCCCAGUUACCCAUGGUGCCCAGCUCCCACUGCACCCCCCCGCCUCCCUACCCUAUGGACAGCAGCAUCUCCAGCUUUCUUCUGCGGCUGGGCUGCGCAGCCUGCCUGGACUGUUUCACAGCACAGGGCCUGACCAACAUCUACCAGAUCGAGAACUAUAACUUGGAGGACCUGUCCCGGCUGAAGAUCCCGCAGGAGUUCCAGCACGUCAUCUGGAAGGGCAUCAUGGAGCACCGGCAGAGCAUGGAGUUCUCCCCUCCUCCCCACAUCCUGCGUACCUCCAGCGGGGCCUCCGCCGUCAGCGUAGGGUCCUCCGAGGCCCGCGGCGAGCGGGUCAUCGACGCCGUGCGCUUCACCCUGCGCCAGACCAUCUCCUUCCCUCCGCGUGACGACUGGUCCGACUUCUCCUUCGACCUGGACUCCCGACGCAACAAGCAGCAGCGCAUCAAGGAAGAGGGAGAAUAGAAAAACUCACACUCUGGAUGGAAUUUCAAUCUAAGGUGCACUGUUGACAAGCGCACUGUACCAAUGGGUCUGUAAAACGGCCAUUUUCCUGACGUUCAGAGAUCACUUUUACAGUAAACGCUGGGGAUGUCGGCUCAAGCGCACGUUAUCAUUAAAAGUUGAGUGCGGUACGCUUGUCGGCAAUGGGCCUUGGAUUGAAGCCCUGCCUCUGUCACACACCUGUUGACCAACCACUCUCGUAUCACGGUACAGAACUAGGAAUUCUCUGCUUCAAAGUGCUCUGGGUCCGGUUUCCUCAAAAGCAUCUAAGUUCAUUGUUAGAACAACCCUCGUUUUGGAGCAGAACACAAAAAAACAUUGUUGGAAGUUGUUUACCGACCUGCCUCAGACCAGCUAAGUACAUCGUCAUAAGACCUGACUUACAUCGCUAGCGGGAAACUGGACCCUGGUCCUUAGUUCAGAUAUCCUAAAUAGCAAAACUACUAUGCAAAUAAAAAUGCACUUAUUUUAUGGUUUUAGGAAAGCCUUCCAUAGCUGCCAGCUAGAGAAUGAGACAAAUUAUGGUUUUAGGAAAGCCUUCCAUAGCUGCCAGCUAGAGAAUGAGACAAAUUAUGGUUUUAGGAAAGCCUUCCAUAGCUGCCAGCUAGAGGAUGAGACAAAUUAUGGUUUUAGGAAAGCCUUCCAUAGCUGCCAGCUAGAGAAUGAGACAAAUUAUGUUUUUAGGAAAGCCUUCCAUAGCUGCCAGCUAGAGAAUGAGACAAAUUAUGGUUUUAGGAAAGCCUUCCAUAGCUGCCAGCUAGAGGAUGAGACAAAUUAUGUUUUUAGGAAAGCCUUCCAUAGCUGCCAGCUAGAGGAUGAGACAAAUUAUGGUUUUAGGAAAGCCUUCCAUAGCUGCCAGCUAGAGGAUGAGACAAAUUAUGGUUUUAGGAAAGCCUUCCAUAGCUGCCAGCUAGAGAAUGAGACAAAUUAUGGUUUUAGGAAAGCCUUCCAUAGCUGCCAGCUAGAGAAUGAGACAAAUUAUGGUUUUAGGAAAGCCUUCCAUAGCUGCCAGCUAGAGGAUGAGACAAAUUAUGGUUUUAGGAAAGCCUUCCAUAGCUGCCAGCUAGAGGAUGAGACAAAUUAUGGUUUUAGGAAAGCCUUCCAUAGCUGCCAGCUAGAGAAUGAGACAAAUUAUGUUUUUAGGAAAGCCUUCCAUAGCUGCCAGCUAGAGAAUGAGACAAAUUAUGGUUUUAGGAAAGCCUUCCAUAGCUGCCAGCUAGAGGAUGAGACAAAUUAUGGUUUUAGGAAAGCCUUCCAUAGCUGCCAGCUAGAGAAUGAGACAAAUUAUGGUUUUAGGAAAGCCUUCCAUAGCUGCCAGCUAGAGAAUGAGACAAAUUAUGGUUUUAGGAAAGCCUUCCAUAGCUGCCAGCUAGAGGAUGAGACAAAUUAUGGUUUUAGGAAAGAUACAUUUCAUACAACAAACAAAAAUCUAAUUUCUUGAGACAAAAAACUCUUAAAUGUUUUUUGUGAUUUGCUUUGAUAGGUUUUAUGAGAGGAAACCUUUUGUUGUUGUUGUUGUUGUUGUUGGGCCGUAGAAGGUGUACGGCCAGGAUCCAAUCCAAAGUGCGUUACGACAGAUGAGACCUUCAAAAUUAUAAAGAUAAAUACAUUUUUCUAUGUAGGUGCUUCUGUCUUGCUGUUGACCCACUUAGCAAACAUCUGUCAACUGCUACCAUUUCAUAAAUAAAUUAUAAACAAAUUCACAAAUAUUGCAAAACAAAACAACAGGAUAUACACUCAGUGGACAGUUUAUUAGGUACACCCAUCUAGUCAGACCCUUUUUGCCUCCAGAACAGCCUGAAUUCUUCGGGAAAUUGAUUGUGUGGUGUUCAAAUGUUGCUCAAUUGGUAUCAAGAGACCUAAACGUCUGGCAGUAAAACAUUCCCCACAGCAUUACACCACCAGCCUGUACUGGGGGGGCGAUGAGUUUCUGCCAAAUCCUGACACUGCCACCAGCCUGUACUGGGGGGGCGAUGAGUUUCUGCCAAAUCCUGACACUGCCACCAGCCUGUACUGGGGGGCGAUGAGUUUCUGCCAAAUCCUGACACUGCCACCAGCCUGUACUGGGGGGCGAUGAGUUUCUGCCAAAUCCUGACACUGCCAUCACACGUACCAGGAAUCGGCAUUCGUCGGACCAGGCGAUGUUUCCACUCCUCAAAUUGUCCAGUGUUGUUGCCCACUGGAACCUCUUCCUCUUGUUCUUAUCUGAUGGGAGUAGAACCCGGUGUUGCAAUAGAACCAUCCGUGACAAAGACCGACGCGUUGUGCGUUUCCGAGAUGCUGUUCUGCACACCACUGUUGUACUGUGUCGUUAAUGGUCUGUUAGCUUGCACGAUUCAAGCCAUUUCUCCUUGGCUUUGGUCCAAAUUAAAACGUUACAUUGUUGUUAGUGGUUAUACUAAAUAAACAAUCCUCUAUAUAUAUAUAUAUAUAUAUAUAUAUAUAUAUAUAUACACACUCACACGUUGCUUUAGUUUACAUUGUGAACCUAGCAAGUUGUAGUAGCAGCUUCUUGACUUCUUAACUCAUAGUAAAAUAAUCAGUGGUGUGUGUAUAAAGUCGAGGCCACAUGAAACCAAAUGUAACUUUAUUUUUUCGCAUUUCAAUUCACAAGAUCUAAUGAACCGUCAACAAUUGACGCAAAGCAAGCGCACCACGGGGCAGAGAAGCAACUUUCAUCGAUUUCAAAGCAUUUCCUCAAAUGCUGAUGAUGCUCAAUGUCGGACGCCCGACAGGCCAAGGACCGUUACUAAGGGAAGCUAGUGUUGCUAUGGGGCUACCAGCUACAUUAGCUUGUAGGCUAGCGGACUUUUCAUACGUUUUGUGAAAACAUAUGUACGACCUCCCGAAAACAUUACUGAAUUGAAUAUGGUGCUUUUCCACCCGCUUACUUUCAAAAUAAAUAUGUAUUUAUCGGUGCUGUUGACCGAUGAUGGUAAACUUCUCAACUGCCAUAGUGCGGCCACCGGAAGUAACCUCACAACUGGCGAGUGGCGGCCUCUAGUGGCCAUAUUGGUACUGCGCUAAAUACGGGCCAAAAAUGACAAAAUACUCAUAUCACACUUCAGCUCAAGCCCAAAUUACCAUUACAAGUAUAAUGCGCUGCUCUGUUCUUUACCGCACCUUGGGUUGAAUCCCGGUCUGUUGCUCUAGACGGGACUGUCAUGAUCGCCUGCUGUUUUUAGUCCACAACACUGUUUUUGCCUGCUGGUCACAAGCCGGUCUUGAUUGUAUACAUUUCAAGAUGCAUAUUUUUACUUUGUGUCAGAGAAAAGUGUGAUUAAUAAUGCUGUUUAAAAAGGUUGGAUUGGUUGAUUUCUUUUUUUUUUAUACCACAAAACAAGUUACUGCCUUGUAUCGUGUUAACCUUCCUGCUUCCAGGAUUUUCAGAAACCUGGGGAUUUAGUCAUCCUUUUGUUGGUUAAACCAUUGUGUUUAUAACUCUUGGAGGAAGUUACUGGAAUAGUUCAAUCGUGUUUAUAACUCUUGGAGGAAGUUACUGGAAUAGUUCAAUCGUGUUUAUAACUCUUGGGGAAAUGACUGGAAUUUUGCUACCCUCGUGUUGGUUAAACUAUCGUGUUUAUAACUACUUACUGUAUUUCUACGUGAAUGAGAAUUGCAUUCUCAUAGCCCUCGAGGCGAUAACAAUACUGUUACAGAUCAUCUUUGGUAUUGUCCCCCCCCCCCCCAAAAAAAUAGCACCCUACGGUCGAAAGUAUAGGGCGGCAUUUGGGAUGAAUUUCAUUGCCUGCUUGUUCUCGCCGUCUGUAUUUUGUGGGUCUGUUGAACAUUUACUGGGCUACAUUUUUCAUUUUUCUUACAAAACGCUCCUUUUGAUUUGUCUUGCUGGAUUUUUGGAACCACAUUUUGUAAACUGUUGUUGUUGUUGUUGUUGUUACAGAUUAACUUGAUAGAUGGCCCAAACUAUUGAGAUCAUUGUAUAUACAUUUGUAUAGUUAUUUUCUAAAAGCUACAUGCUGUUAUGUAUUUUUUACUAAAAAAAA